CAGAAUUCUCAGCACAGGAAUCUCAGCACUGAACUCUCCUUUUCCUCCCUCCCACCUCACCUGGGGAACACCUGGAAGUGCAAACAACUCCUGAACACUUCAGCUGAGUCGCAGGGCUGGGUGACCCAGCGGUGCCAGGCAGGGGAUGAACCCUCCCACCAUGAGAUUCCUCUCGGUCCCUUCCCCGCUCACUCACCCCCAGAGCAGCAUCCAGGUGCCCCCAAAAACCCUGGUGCCGCCCGAGUUCCAGGCUGCCCGCUGGGCCGGGGAGAGCAGCUCUGCCUCCAGCGCCGAGGAUUCCCAGGAUUCUGCCUCGGAGGGCCUGGAAAAGCAGAGGGAGUUCCAGCAGAACCAGGGGCUGGCAGGGCACGAGCGUGGGGACAGCCCGGACGGGGACAGCGUGGAUGGGGACAGCCUGGAGGAGACGAGCUCUGCAGAGGAAGGAGCUGAGCGCGACGCAAAAGAGAAAAGAAAAGCGAAGAUUUGUGGCAGGAAUCAACAGCCUGUGGACAAAUAUUCCAGCCUGAGGUACAAUCCUCAUUGGAAGAAUGCAAAAAAAGGAGAUUUUUUUGAGGCAGAGAAGGCACCCCAGAUUUUUGGAGGAAGCAGUGGGGACUUUUCAGUGGAUUCAUUUUAUCUCCAUUCUGAUGGCUCCUCAGAGGACAAUCACCAGAGCCAGGAUUCACUCCCAGAGAUUGAUCCAGAAUUAUUCACAUUUCAUGGAGCAAACGUGGCCAGCGCCAAAGCUGAUGGGCCACAAAGCAAAAGGGAGGAACCUGCGGAUGGAUUUCAUUGCAAAAAUAAUCCUGGCCACGCUUUUCCUCCUCAGAACCAGCAGGAUCCACCCCAAAGAGCCAAAAAAAACUUUGUGAAAAAGAACAAACGGACUUUGGGACAGUCCGAGAGGAUCAAUUCCUACCUUGAGCUGCACAAUAAAAAGCAGCAAGUUCUUCAAGGGCAGGUCCCAGAUCCUCCACCAGCUGAUGAAGAACCAUUCCAGAAUGUUCCAGCAUCCCAAACUGGGAAAAUGAAGCCUGAAGAGAAAUGGUACCCAAAAGGGCAGCAGCUCAAGGAGCAGCUCCGGUUGGUGCCGAGACCCCGCGCGGAGCCCCGGCCGUGUCCCAGGAGCGGAGCCCCGGAGCCCCCCGCCCUCUCCGCUGCCCCGGGCCGCGACCCCAGCCCGGCCCUGGCCCCAAACCCUGCUCUGUGCCCGCCAGAAAAACCCCACAGUGCAUUCAGCGCCAUCCCCAAUUCCAUCCUUUCCACGCCUGGCUGUUUCCUCCCGAUAUUCCAGAAUUUUUACCCGCCAGAAGUUUUAAAUGCCGGCCAGGAGGAUAAGAAAAACCAGCAGGAAUCUGCAGGUGGAAUUCCACAGCAAUUCCCUGCCAAUCCCGUCCCUGGGCAGGAUUUUUCCUGGAAUAGCAGCAGCAGUGAGCAGGCACAUCCAGAAUUGGAGAAUAUUUCAGCUGAUUUUAAUGCCAUUUUUCAAGAAAAAGUGAAGGACCAAGCAGCACUUCCAGAUUUCCAAAAUCACAUUCAUGAGGAUUGCAGCUCGCCAACAUCUGCUUGCAGAAUCUCCCAUUUCAUAGAAAAGCAGGAAAAGCCAGGAUUUUCUGAUUUGGAAGAUGCUUUUGCUGGCACGUGGCUGUGGGGUUUGUUCCCGCCCGCCCUGCCCCAGGGGGACUCGGCAAAAGCUGAAGGGAACCCAAGGAAAAUGAGAAGGAGCAGCUCAGAAGGGUCUCUCCUACAAAGGGAAAAGCAAAACCAACCCAAAAUCAGCAAAAAGCUGGGCAGCUCCAAAUUCUACUUGAAUCAGAGUAUGAAGCUUGGAGGCCUUGGACCUGACUAUGAAACAAUCAAAGAGAAAAAAGAAAAGAUGAAGCUGCAGAAGGAAUAUUCCAGGCAAAUUAAGGAAUAUAACAUGAAGAAUAUCACUGUGGUUCAGAGGCUGCCUGCAAAGCCCCAGGUGCCCUCAGUGUCCAGGCAGAAGGCUCUGGAAUAUGCCAAGAAGAUCCCAAGACCGAAGAUUUUGGUAGCGAAGCAAUCGGAGCAGGAGGGGAAGGAGGUUCCAGCCGGACCCCGGUUCCCCAAAAUCCCAUCCCUGGAAUCCCUGUGGAGCAGGCACGAGAAGGAGAAGGAGGCUGUGGCUGCUUUUGAAGCCCUUCACAUCUUGUAGGUAUUUGGGGAAUCUCAG